UAUUUCAUUCUCCUUAUAGUUUCCCUGAAACCCCAAACCUUAAUCUCACUAGUUCAAAUAAAAUGGCUAAGGCUUUGAAAACUUUAACGAAUUCAAUUGAUAAGCUUAUAACUCAACUUCAAGAUCAGCAAAGGCCACCAUCUAGAUCUCGGUCUGAAAAUUUUACCCCAUCUACUGUAAUGUGUUUUACUUGUAGCCAUACUGGACAUUAUAGUCGAAAUUGUCCUGAUCUACCUAAUAAUCGUAACUCUUCAGCUAAUAAUCAGCCGCCUAAAAAAGUUAACUGGAACAAAAACAACUAUGUAAUCGAUCUUGAAGAAGGAGAGAGUACUAAAGAUCCAGACGUAGAAAUGGAAGAAGUUUAUGAAGAUCAUGAAGGUCAAGAAUUACAAGACCUGGUUACUCAAAAUCAAUAUCAAAACCAAGAAGAAUCUGUCGAACUACUUGAAGUAAAGAAGGUUGAACCGCCUAAAAUAAAUAAAAAGAAAGAAGAUGUAAAAGAUGAAAUUAUGAUAGAAGAAAGAGAUAUUAGACGAAUGAAUGAAGAAAUAAUAUUAUACGAUAAAGGACCUGUUGCAGGUCUUAUUUCAGCGCAAGAGGAAGACAACCGAUCUAUAUCGGACCUAUUUGAUUAUUACUAUGAAAAAGGAAGCUGCUCCAAUAUUAAAUAUAAUAUAGGGGAAGUAGAAGACAACCAAAGAAAGCAGUUGUUGGAGUUACUUAGAGAAAAUCCUGAUCUUUGUGCUCAAGAUAUCUCUGAGUUGGGCUGGACUGAUAUAAUUCGGCAUUAUAUUCCUACCCAAGAUGUAUGGCCGAUUCGUCAACAAUCAUAUUGA